CUAUUUUUCUAAGAAACGGUGAUAUUUGUAGACGUGGGAAAAAUAAAUAUAAUUCUUGAUUAUAUUAUCUUUAAUAACACAGCUUUCGAUACACGAUUCAUAACACUUCGCUCGAUACAAUUUAUUCCCAAAGUAACCUCCAAUUCGAAUUUUUACUCCAACUUUACUCGUUUCUUUACUAUGUGACACUAUGAAACAAAAAAAGGAGAAAAUCAAUCAUAACUAUAACAGUAAUUUGACAGCUUUAGAAAAACGAUAAUUAGAGGCAAUAUUUUUAAAAUAAAUAAACAUCAACUAAUUCUAUCGUAACAAAAUAUCGACUCCGGCCUGCAUGCUCUAUCUCCGUCCGUCUUUCGAAAUGAGACAGUGAUGGCUGAGCGCUCGUGCCAGACGGACCUGUACUAGGUGUCCCCAAAACAAAUAUAAGAUUUACUUAUAAAAACUGUGCUGUGUUGUGCGUCCUAGUGAUAUACCGUGUGCACCAAAACCUUUAAGUUAUAAUGGGUAACAAGCAAUUGAAUAAAAAGAAGACAUCUCGAAAAAGACAACUCGGAAGAUUCCAACAAACAAUGGAACUAACGAAAAGAAGAAAAUUGGAUAAUUUCACAGCCGAACAUGAUACUAUAUCUUUAGACUACAUCGAACUGCAAAAUAUGGAAAUGGAAUCUCCGAUUUCAUCAACCACUGACAUUCAAAGUAACGAUGAGGCGACCGGCUCAAACAUUUUGAACCCACGCAUUGCACAGGUGGAUGAGGUGGAUGACACUUAUCGGGUUCCUAGUAUAUUAGAGGAAGAAGAUACCCAUGAGCGUGACGGCAAACACACGUGCCCCGCAGAGCCUAGAACACGCUCACCCAGCCCAUGCGCAGGAAGAAGUAGCCCCACCCAGGUGCACGUAGCAGUGCAGGCGCUCCAGCGUGACGACAAACACACGUGCCCCGCAGAGCCUAGAACACGCUCACCCAGCUCAUGUGCAGGAAGAAGUAGCCCCACCCAGGUGCACGUAGCGGUGCAGGCGCUCUAG